AUGGAAGAUGAAACAAACUUGAUAUCAAGCACCACCACAUACCUAACUAAUGGGGAUUGUGACUCAAGCGCGAGCAAUCAUUUGCUGCCUCAAAAGCGUAAAAUUCAUGCACGUGAGAGAAAAGCUUGCAUUUCUGGUUCGAGGUUUAAAGGGGUUGUAGGCCAACAUAAUGGCCAUUGGGGAGCACAAAUAUAUACAAAUCAUCAAAGAAUUUGGCUUGGCACUUUCAAAACUGAAAUGGAAGCAGCAAUGGCUUAUGAUAGUGCUGCCAUUAGACUUCUUGGUCAAGAUCAUUCACAUAGAAAUUUGGCUUGGACAAAUGCCACAAUUCAAGAACCAAAUUUUCAGUCACAAUUUUCAACUGAAGAGAUUCUUAGGAUGAUCAAAGAAGGUUCAUAUCCUUCAAAGUUUGAUGAGUACUUGAAGGAAAAAUUUGAAGAGCAUUUUCACCCUUUGAAAUCCUUGCAGCCCGUGGCCGAGGGCAAUGAUGAAUUCUCAUACAAGCAACUUUUCCAAAAGGAGUUGACUCCAAGUGAUGUUGGAAAGCUUAAUAGGCUUGUGAUCCCAAAGAAAUAUGCAUUGAAGUACUUUCCUCAAAUCCAAGAUGAUGAGAUGAUCUUUUUUGAUACCUCAAGGAGAUUAUGGAAGUUUAGAUAUUGCUAUUGGAAAAGUAGCCAAAGCUUUGUUUUCACAAAGGGUUGGAAUAAGUUUGUAAAAGACAAAGGUUUAAGAGCCAAAGAUACAAUUGUUUUCAACUUGUGUGAAUUCAAGAAUGGAACAAAUUGCAAUGCCUUUGUGAUUGAUGUGGUGAAGAGUAUUGAAGUUUUGCCAAAGGAUUUAGCUCUCAAUCAUCAACAACAAGAAGCUAUUGAUGAUGAUGAAGUGGAAACAAAAGAAUUCAUGAGGACACAACCAUUUGAUCAUGAAGAUGCUUUGGUACCAGUUUGGCUUUUUGGGAAGCAAAUAGGCUGGUCAGAGACCAAGAAAAACACCCUAUUUAGCAACGGAGUUUAAUUAAUAUUCACCAAUAGAGUAAAGAAUUUUUUGCACU